AUGGAUGGUACAUCGGCCAAGAAAUCUGCCUCUUUUGAGACUUUAGUAAUUCAGAAUAUUACCAAUGUUAAUGGCUUAAAAGAUAAAUUAAAUGAAAUAAUAUCUGUCGGCAAGAAUUACGAAUACGAUGUUUCAUCCUGUCUAAAAUCCCUAAUAAAUAACAGCGAUCAGACCAUUGUAUUGUUGUGCGUGCAAGCUAUUUCAGAGCUAGCAAAAUGUGAAAUGAAAAGAGAAAUUUACGCCAAAAAAGAUAUAAUUCUACCAAUAAUUAACAUAUUAAGUAAGGAAAUAAAUUCAGAUUCCAUUGAACUUAUCAAGCAGUGUUGCAGAGCUCUUGGGAAUUUAUGCUGCGAUUGUGAUACAUCCAGAAAAAUUAUCUUGGAAAACCAUGGUGUUUCAGUACUUGCUAAUGUACUUGAAAGUGCUUUGAAAGAUCACUUGUUAGAAGAAAUUAGACUUCUCGCUAGUAAAACAUUGUUAAACUAUGCCAUAGGUGGACAUCAGUUUUCAGAGUCAAUUGUUGAAGGAGGUGUCAUAGAGAAGCAAAAGAAAAUAUUACUAUCUGAAAUGGAAAAAGAUGAUAUCAAUGAUGACUCGGUUAUAACUGCUUUGCUUAUUUUAAGUGUAAUUAAUGACAAUGCGCCUGAGUUUCUAUUUGAUUCUGAUGUUAAUAAAACUGUGCUAGAUGUUUUAAAGGAUACAACUAAUAUUGAGGUAUCGGAAUUAUGUUUAGAACACUUACAUAUGCAAGCAGAACACGAUUUGGUAAAAACUUUACUAGCAAACGAGAAUGGAGUGCAACUUGUGUGUACUCGCUUGGAGCAGCUGAUGCAGAAACAUGAGGCUGGAGAUUUAAAUGCUGAGGACAGUGAAGUGGAGGCUGUAAUGAAACAGGCCUGUGAUCUUAUCAUUAUAGUGCUCACUGGAGAUGAAGCAAUGGACACAUUAUACAACAAUGGUGUUGGUGAAGUCUACCUCACCAUGGUGAAGUGGCUGGAAUAUACUAACUACAACCUGCUGACUACUGCUGUUUUGGCAAUUGGCAACUUUGCUCGGAAGGAUGAAUAUUGUAUCCAGAUGAUGGAAGAUAACAUAUUUGACAAAUUACUUGAUAUUUUUGAAGUAUACCAUGGCUUCUGCCUGCGCAUUCAAAAGGAGCAAAAUGCAGUGCAUCCUAUUGACAUAGUGACUGUGAACAAAAUUCAACACGCAGCCCUGUCAGCUAUACGCAACUUGACAGUGCCAGUUAUGAACAAGAGAGUUGCAGCGGCUAAAGGCCGAGCCACACCAAUGCUGUUGAAAGCGUUGCCUAAUAUUGAAGAUCAUCAGGUGGCUUACAAAUUGCUGGCUGCAUUACGAAUGCUGGUGGACGGGCAAGAGGGCGUGGCUCGGCAGCUGGCGGAGGACGCGGCGGCGCUGGGCGCGGUCGGGCGCUGGGCGCGCGCCGGACACGCGGGCGCGGGGGGCGAGGCGCCGCGCCUGCUCGCGCGCGCGCUGCGCCAGCUGCCCGCCGCGCGGCGCGCGCGCCUGCUGCAGGUGGAGGGUUGCGUAUCUAGCUUAGUUGGUAUGCUAGUAUCUUCCCACUCUGUUAUGCAGAAUGAAGCCAUACUCGCCUUGACCCUGAUGGCGAUUGAAUCACUCCACAAGAAAGAAGAUUCAGAUUUUGACUGCGAACAGAGCUUUGUGACGCAGAUGAUAAAGUCGGAAAUCGGUAAGCACUUGUCCGUUUUGAUUGAGACGAAUUGCGCUAAAAUGCCGAUAGAGGUCGCUGAGAACUUGAUAGCUUUCCUUGAAAUAACAUGUAAGAACAAUCAGCUGGCAUCGGAUUAUAAAGAGGCUAAGGUGCAGGACGCGUUGCAGAAGUUUGUGGAUACCAGAAAAGAUUUCAGUGAAGAUUUGAAGUCUUGUGUUAAUAAAGUUUUAACCGCUAUAUCUGACCAUAACAAUGCUUGA